AUGGCUAAAGCUCUCAAUCCAGCUAUGUUAAGAGUUGGUGGAAGAAGGGAAGACUUCCUCAUCUUUGACCCUAAUGAAGGAGACAAUAGGAUCUAUAAAAGAGACAUCGAUGACAAUGUGGGGGACUCUAAUUUCAAGAUGUCACCUUCACAAUGGGAUGCUGUAAAUACGUUUGUACAAAAUGUAGGUUGGAAGUUAAUAUUUGGAUUGAACCAGUUACUACGUAAUACUGAUGGAUCAUGGGACUCUAGUAAUGCAGAACAACUUAUUGAUUAUACUAUGAAGAAGGGAUAUCGUAGCUGGGAGCUAGGAAAUGAUAAAUUGUUUGAUUGGAUUAAUGAGUUACAAUCUAUUAUAAAGCAAACAUCAUUUACUAAUGACAUGUGGCUUGGAGAGACAUCUAGUACUUAUGGAGGAGGAAGAGCAUUGUAUUCAGAAAGCUUCAUUUCAGGAUUUAUGUGGCUUGAUAAAUUAGGAAUAACAGCUUACUCACAAAAGAAAGUAUUCCGUCAGGCAUUUGUAGGAGGACAUUAUUCCUUACUUGACACUAACCAAACCCUUUUACCAGUAAGUACUUCCAUAUAA